ACAGCGGAAUUCAAUUCUCAGUUAGUAAAAAGAAUUGUUCCAAAGGCCCAAAUCAUUUCCCUCUUCAUCGUUUCUUUGAGAAUCUCUAUAUGUCUAACUUAAAUCAUUUUUCUUAAACCUGUAAAUCCAAACCUAAAUCGUUUUUUCAUCUUCAUCAGCUCAUUGAUAUUUCCACUGCUCAGCUCAUUUUGUUGCUGCGCUUCCAGUUCCAUCGCCGCUGCUACGGUUGUGUGUGUCCAUUCCGUUUCAUAAGUUUAGGUUACAUAGAUGGAGCAAGAGGGUGGGAUUUUUGCAGGUUGGUUAAAGAACCUCUUGGCCAGAACACCAUCAAAGCCAGCAACUCCGACCCAUCUGGUCACACCAUUCGUGUGGGAUGGAAAAGCAACUGAUUCUCUGAUACAGAUUUGUAAACGGUUAGUUCAAGAGGGAUGUGUUGAAAAUCAUACAUUUAAGUUUCGAAACUAUUACACUAUUCAGGAGGAGUUACGAGCUAUUAACAUCAACACCAACAUAAAAGAUAUUGAAAAAAAAUAGCCUCCAUGAGGAAGGAGUGGCUAUCGUAUGUGAACGGACCAAAGUCCUUGUUUAGAGUAAGGGUAGACAGUUACAAGUGUAUAUUUGGAAGAAUUGCAGAUUUAAAGGAAGGAAGGGGUGAUUCUGAAGAAGUAAAUGCGAGAAGGACACAGAGUGGCACUACAGUUUCUGGGCUGAAGAGGAAAGCUUCCGAGACCAUUUCAACUCCGUCCUCGAGAUUGAAGACAGCGCAAAGUGUUGGAUGUCCCCCAACAUAUGAAAUUCAGGAUGUGGAGUCUGUACUGUCGGAUUAUCUAAAGAUAAGAGAACAGCAGAAAGAUAAGAAAUAUGCAUGUGCGGCAGCCACUUUUGGGUGUAAGCCACAUUGCGUAGCUGGCUACCCAAUGCAAGCGGAGGUGGAGAGUAGGAUAACCUAUGUGGAUAUGUGUAUUGAAUUAUCCGGACUUGUCGCCUACACUUGAUUUAUCCCAGGACAGAUGAUAUCAAUAUUUGGAAGAAUGGCUCAGUCUUGUUCAAUGUUCUUUUCAGUAUUCUACUUGUAGAAUUUGCAGGGCUUUGUUUUGAUGUUUAUGAUUAGUACAAACUAAUUCACUAGGUCAAAAUAUUUGUUAUUAUGUGUUGUCUUAGGAUUUUGAUUAACUUGUAGUAAGAUAAGUACAAUUAAAUUAUGAAGCAGCAUUGUGAUUAAA